AUGUCGGUCCGAACACUGCGGACGCUCCGAUCACUUCGCUCCGCUUCCCGUCUUUCCUCCGUUCGGAACGCUGUGGCGCGGCCAACCGUCUCUGCUCCGGUGCUCGCUCCCCUCGCCCGCCGACACCUCAACACGAUCAACGCCGAUGAGGUCGCGCACUUCUCCAAGCUCUCCGAGCACUGGUGGGACGAGCAGGGCGAAUUUGGUCUCCUGCACCGCAUGAAUCCGGAACGUGUCGAGUUCAUUCGCCAGAAGGUCGCGCUGGACCCGGACAACGAGCCCGAGUGGACGUUCGAGGGACGGCAUCAGGAUGCGGAACGCGAGGCGGCCAAGGGCACCGGACAGUGGCUGAAGGGGAAGCGGUGUCUUGAUGUUGGAUGCGGAGGAGGACUGCUCGCUGAGACGCUCGCUCGUCUCGGAGGCGACGUUCUCGCUAUUGACGCCACGGCGCCCAACAUCGCAAUCGCGCGGACGCACGCCUCGGCCGACCCGCUGUUGCCCUACGUCGACGAGGAGGGCAAGCAGGCCAACACCUCAGCUCCGGGACGGUUAGAGUACCGUCACACGUCGGCUGAGGCCCUGCUCGCGGCCGGGGAGCAGUUCGACAUCGUUUGCAGUAUGGAGGUGCUUGAGCACGUCGAUAGUCCCGGCGAGUUCCUGAAGUGUCUCGGAGCCAUGGUCAAGCCGGGCGGCCAUCUCCUCCUCUCCACAAUCAGCCGCACGCCGCUCGCGCAGCUCCUCACGCUGACAAUGGCCGAGGACGUGCUCCGCCUCGUGACGCCGGGUACGCACCAUUACCACAAGUUUGUGCGGCCGGAGGAGCUCCGCCGCUACGUUGGCACGGAGAUGGGUGGACUCGACGUUUGGGAGGCGAACCGCGACGCGAGCGAUUUGAGGGAGGGAGAGGUCGGAAGUACCCAGGGCAUCAUUUAUGAUCCGCUCGCUGGACGGUGGAAGCUCGCCUCUGCUGCUGAGGGAACGUGGUUCAAGCCCCUUGGCGAGCUUGUCAACUACAUGUAUCAUGCGAAGAAGAGGCCGGCGAGGAGGUAA